AUGUUGCGUUUGGUUGUACGUCUAAGAAAAGCUGUCAAUCUCAGCCGGCCCCAACUCAGUUCGGGCCCGUUGGUAAGAUCUCGAUCUGGACCAGGCUGUUCUCACCUGAAGAGGUACCAUUCAGGCGGCUCGACUCGGAUUCUACCCCUUUGUUAUCCCACAAAAUAUAGCACCGCCAAUGUACACGGUUCAUUGAAAGGUAAACAGAUUGUGUGCUGCUAUCAGAGCAAGCGGUUCUACAGCCUUCCACCUCACCAGAAGGUGGACCUUCCAGCCCUCUCCCCCACAAUGCAAAUGGGCACCAUCGCGCGCUGGGAGAAGAAGGAGGGUGAUAAAAUCAACGAGGGCGAUCUAAUCGCAGAGGUGGAGACGGACAAGGCAACAGUGGGCUUCGAACUGCUGGAGGAGUGUUACCUGGCCAAAAUUCUGGUCCCAGAGGGAACAAGGGACGUAGUUAUAGGAUCACCCAUCUGCAUCACUGUGGAAAGCCCUGACCUCAUUCCCGCCUUUAAGGACUACACCUUGGAAAUGGCAUCGGCGCCCUCCACCCCCGUCGCUGGAACCCCGCCUCCUGCCCCUCCCCCUCCUGCUGCCUCCGCCCCCGCACCCCCACAGGCUCCCGGGAGCUCCUACCCCCCGCACAUGAAAAUCCUGCUGCCUGCCCUGUCCCCCACCAUGACCGUGGGCACCGUACAGCGCUGGGAGAAGAAGCUGGGAGAGAAGCUGAGCGAGGGGGACCUGCUGGCCGAGAUCGAGACGGACAAGGCCACCAUCGGGUUCGAGGUGCAGGAGGAGGGCUACCUGGCCAAGGUGCUGAUCGCCGAGGGCACCCGGGACGUCCCCCUGGGCACCCCGCUCUGCAUCAUCGUGGAGAACGAGGCCGACAUCCAGGCCUUCGCGGACUACACGGAGACGGCCAUGGCCGAGAUCAGCACCCCGCCCCCGGCCCCCACCCCCUCACCGGCGGCGGCUCCACCCACCCCGACCGCAGCACCCCCCAUGCCAGCGCCCGGCCCGCCCGUCCCCGCGGGCGCCAAGAAGGGGCGAGUCUUCGCGAGCCCCCUCGCCCGAAAACUGGCCGCUGAGAAGGGCAUCGACCUGGCCCAGGUCAAAGGGACGGGACCAGAUGGCAGAGUCACCAGAAAAGACAUCGAGAGUUUCGUCCCACCCAAGGCUGCACCCGCCCCGCCCCCUGCACCAGCUCCCGCCCCCGCGGCUCCAGUGCCCGCCCCUGCUGCGGUUCCCAUGCCGACCGGCACCUUCACAGACAUCCCCAUCAGCAACAUCCGCAGGGUGAUUGCACAGCGGUUGAUGCAGUCCAAGCAGACGAUCCCACAUUACUACCUGUCUGUGGACAUCAACAUGGACCAAGUGCUGGAGCUGAGGAAGGAGCUCAACCAGGAAGUGAAGGCAGAGAACAUCAAGCUCUCAGUCAAUGACUUCCUCAUCAAGGCCUCGGCUCUGGCCUGUCUGAAGGUGCCCGAGGCCAACUCCUCCUGGUUGGACACCAUCAUUCGCCAGAACCACGUUGUGGACGUCAGCGUCGCGGUCAGCACCCCCAACGGGCUGAUCACGCCCAUCGUGUUCAACGCCCACAUUAAGGGCCUGUCUGCCAUCAGCACGGACGUGAUGUCACUGGCCGCCAAGGCGAGGGAGGGCAAGCUGCAGCCCCACGAGUUCCAGGGAGGGACCUUCACCAUCUCCAACCUCGGCAUGUUUGGUAUCAAGAACUUCUCGGCCAUCAUUAACCCACCCCAGGCCUGCAUCCUGGCUGUGGGGGGGUCGGAGAAGAGACUCCUACCUGCAGAUAACGAGAGAGGGUUCGACGUGGCCAGCAUGAUGUCGGUGACGCUGAGCUGUGACCACCGGGUGGUGGACGGGGCGGUGGGCGCCCAGUGGCUGGCGGAGUUUCGCAAGUUCCUGGAGAAACCCGUCACCAUGCUGCUGUGAUUGGCCCGUCGCGACUCCGCCCCUGUCCCAACCCCGCCCCUGCCCCGACCCCGCCCCCCCUGCAGCUACGCACAGAUCGGGGUACCCCGCUCGCAGGAUCCACACAGCCCCCCCCCCCCACCGAAAACCAGAGCCUCUGUCUCUCCACCCCCAUGCCCUGCACUCUCUGACACCGCCGCUCACACGUUUAUCUUACUGGAUUCCCUUAAAGCAGCCCACAGAAUAGGGUUUGGCUAGCAGACCUAUAGACCUGUACAGAAUUGGUUUGAGUCAGAGAGGAGCUGUGAUUGGUCAGAUGAGCUGCAGUCAUCCCUCUCUGCACCACUGAGUAGUUAACCUUCUGUAGUGUUUUAAAACAGGGCCACUUCCUGGUAUUUGGCAACAGGAUGUGGUCUUGUCUUUCUCAAACCUGGAGAGAGAGAACUUUUGGCCUUAAUGGCGUGUGGUUCAUUGUCCUGCGAGCAGCCCUGUCUUUUCAGACUUAUCUGUCUGUUUUCUCUUAGAUUCCCCAGCCUCCGCCCCAGGCCCAACCACCAGGCCCCCUUUAGCGAUGCCCCUUGCCCUACUUCUGUACAGGAUUUGCACACUUUUGUGUCAGGUGGCCAUUUGCACUGGCUCAUCAGAAGGGUUCUGAACGUGGAUAGUGACUGCAGAGCUGAUGGUUUAUUUAUUAGUCAUCCUUCACUCCAGAGAAAGCUCAGCUGUACACUACUUCGAUCUUUUUUCUUCUUUUUUUGUUGCAAUAGGAAUGUUAAAUGUAUUUUGGGAAGAAAUAAGUAUAUUGACCGUCUUCUACCGUGUAUAAAAAUUGCGAGGCCCAGACCAAAUCAGAUCAUUUACGUAAGAAACGAGGGGGGGGGGAAACUUUGUAAAAGCCUCAUGCUUACAGCAAACCUGUGGUUGUAAAUUCAAUAUCGAUAUACAAAUUUAUUUAAAUGACAACGAUGAUCAUUUUUGUUAAUGGUAGCAUGUAAUGAAAAGGGACAUUUCAUGGGAAAGGGAAAUAUGAUAUUUAUGAAUAUUUAUUUAUUCAAAUGUAUGUAUUUCUGAGUGGGGCAGGUUGUAAGCUGAGGGUUAUGUGUGUAUACAUAAAUGGUAUAAUGUUGAAUACUCAUCCCAGAGUCAUUCAUUGGAGACGUUACAGUGCAGUGAGUGAAUGUGUUCUGCAGCAAGAUGCAACAUGCAAAAAUUAGUGCAAAUAACCUGGGCAAUAGAAUUUUAUCAUCACCCCUUCCCAGACUAAAGAAUAUUCAUUACAUUGAAAAUUUAGAAGAUUAGAAUACUAUUUACCAAGUUAUAUUCCUGUAUAUACAUAUAUAUAUAUAUAUGACAUCUGCUUAACUUCACUAUACCAGGAUUGCUGACUUUGCUUUUGAUGAGUUUUCACUGUACAGGGAUUCAGCUCUACCCUCCGCUAUAUUAUCUCUUUCCAUUCUUACCAUGUGACCCUUAUUCUCAAUGGAAAUAUCAACCAAUAGGUCACGCAGACAUUUGUACACAUCUGUGUAUAAACUGCCUUGGUAUAAGUAAUUUAUUUUAAGUAUAGAUACACCAUGGAUGUGUGUGUCAACGUAUGCAUGUACCAGGUGUGCGUAUGUAUGUGUGGUGUAUACGUGUUUGUGUGCACAUGUUUAUGGGCACGUGCAGUACAUGCAUACCUGUAUGCAUUACAUCCAAAACACCGGGUUCUGAUUGCAGUUUGGGCUUGGGCCUGUCCACAGCGUAAAGACUGAGGUGGUGUGCUUACUUUGCGGAUGUCUGUGUUUAAAUUGUACAGCUUAUAUUAAGCCAUCAGGUGUAUGUUUAUUUUUGUCACCAAAAUUCGACCAGAUGUGUACUGAAUGCCCCUUCUGUAAUGACUCAUGUCACCUCAGUGUCUAUGCUCCUGUAACCUGAUUCAGGUUUUGCCUGUCGUUCGCCCGAUUGUUUGAGUGUUUGUGUUCUUUAUCACACAAGUGAGUUGGAAUGUAAAUGCGGAAAUUAAAGGUUCCUUUUUGGUGCAA